CGCGAACCACGACCGUUCUACAGAUAAACUGCUCUACAGAUAACCGGCUCCAUUCGUUUUAACACUUGGUGUUCGCAACUAGUUGUCGCACCUGCAACGGUCGGAAUUGCUAUUAAAAUGGCGGCGGUCGAUCCGGGAGAGACGCUGGAAAAGCUGCAACAACUGCACCAGGACACGGGUGAUUUACAGGCCCGCCUUUCAAUCAUCCGGAUUAGCGAACCGAUCUUUUCGCCAGGAGAGAGCGCGGGAUCAAAACAAUCGCCGUCGAAGCGUCGCUCGGAUGUCUCUACAGUGGAUAACCCGACACCUGCGUCGCUAGAGGCGGACUUGGCACACUACAAGGAAUUAUUUUCAAAAUUGCGCUUUUCAUACCUCGAGCAAGUCACAAAGGAGAAGUUCCUUCGAUCAAUCGUCGGCGACCCGCCCCUCGUCGUUGGACACAAUGAGAACGUCGAGCUGGAGACGCAGUUGGCGGAGGUGAAGGCGGAGCUCAAAGCGCGCAAGGAAGAGGUCCGCGUGAUGGUGGAGGAGAUGGAAAAAAUGGGCAGGGAUCUGGCACAGCGUUAUGAGAACGUCCAAGUACAGAUGACGCAGCUCUCCUCUUUACCGGACUCUAUCGCAAAUCUGGAAUCGACGAUCGCCGGGCUUCGUGCGAAACAGGUGGCCAAUAUGAAUAUUUCAGACCCGAGUCGCAUCUCGUCCUCGCAAAAUCUCCCACUUCCCGCGACUCUGGCGCUCUUGGCGGAGAGAGAGGCAGAACUGGCAGCGCUGAACCGACAAUUGGCGACGGCCCAGAGCACUUUACCGCGCAAGACCCGCGAAGCAGAGGCCGUGGAGCGAGAGAUCAGCGUGCUGGAGAGACGAAAGACGGAAGUCGUUGCGCAGGCUCGGGAAGCGCAGCGGAAGAAGCAGCAGGGCGAAAGCGACGGCCUAGUAGAAAUGGGACGGUGGUACAGAGGGGCCGAAGAUACGCUGAAGAAGCUCGUUGGGACGGAAGGAUAGCCGUUUUUUUUUUGGUAAUGUUUUGCAUGAUUUAUGAAGGGAGUAUUGGUGUUGGUCUAGGCCCGGGUCUACUGUGGAGGGAGGGGUACAUGAGGGGUCUACAUGGAGUACAUUUUUCAUUUGUCAAGGCAAGAAAGGGAUCAGGAUUGGGUUUCGAAUGAAUUUUGUUUUAUUGAAUUUCAUGAUCAUACAACAAGGUAAAUGCUAUGCUGUACUCGGUAUGAAACCCCCGGCACAUUUUUUUCCGAACGAAACCCGACCGAAACUCCCGGUAUUUUGCAUCUACUCCUCCUCCUCCUC